CCUCUCCUCUUCCCCUCGCGCGUCACGUAUGUCCGGUUUUCCCCGUGCCUCUGGAAAGAGGAAAGGCCCGCGUCCCCAUUUAUUACCAACCCGCAACUUUGACCCCCUUCAACCCUUACCCAAACUGUUCCCAUUUUACCCCACAUUUUCUCCUCAUCUAGUGCCCAAAGAAAGCUUUUAUAUUUUUUUCCCUUUUUUUUCUUUUUCUUCUCCUUACCCGUUCAACAGAAUCUAGAAUAAUAGUAAAAGAGGGGGAAGAGCGAAAGGUUAGGAUUGCCGCACCAAAGCUGUUAGGAAGAGAGGCCCUCCUCUCUCAUCUUUCUCUCCCCACUCCUCAAAGAACAAAGAACAAUCCCCCUCUGCCUUCCAAAUCCCUAAUUAGAAACACAGAAACCCCUAGUUGUUCUUCAUCCUUCUAUUCCCUGUUUUAGAGUAGAAUAGUGGAAGAGGGAAGGGAGAUUAAAUAAGAGGCGUGAAGGAAAGGAAGGGGAGACCGAGCCAAAAAAAAAAGGGAGAAGGGUGGAGGCAAGCAAGUAUUCUGUUGUCGUCCAAUUUCUUCUUCUUGUUGAAAGGAGUAAUCAGAAAGCCUGGAAGCUGCUAUUGGAUGAUGGACGGCUCUCCCUCCACCCCGGGCAAGUUCAAGAUGGAGAAGCCCUCCCACCACCACCAUUUCCACCAUCACCCCUCCACCGCUCGCCUCCUCCUCCGUUGGCACCACUCCUCCCCCCUCUCCAAGUUCGCCUUCUGGGCCUUCCUCGCCAUCGCGGUCUUCGCUGCCCUCUUCCUCCUCUCCCGCCCCCCUUCCGCUGAAGCCGACCCUCCCCCUUCAUCCAGCCUUGGUGGCGCCGCCAGCGGGAACGGCGGCCAGCACCGCCGCUCCCUCCGCACCGCCUCCUGGGGCGGCCCCGCCUGGGAGAAGCGCGUCCGCUCCUCCGCCCGCAUCCGCCGCCAGCUCGGUGGGUUCUCCGUCCUCGUUACCGGCGCCGCCGGCUUCGUCGGCACUCACGUCUCCGCCGCUCUCAAGAAACGCGGCGACGGCGUCCUCGGCCUCGACUGCUUCAACGACUACUACGAUCCCUCCCUCAAGCGCGCCCGCCAGGCUCUCCUUCAGCGCGCGGGGGUCUUCGUCGUCGAGGGCGACGUCAACGACGCCCUUCUCCUCCGCAAGCUGUUCGACGUCGUCCCCUUCACCCACGUCAUGCACCUCGCCGCCCAGGCGGGCGUCCGCUACGCCAUGACCAAUCCGGCCUCCUACGUCCACUCCAAUGUCGCCGGCCUCGUCUCCCUCCUCGAGGCCGCCAAGUCCGCCGAUCCCCAGCCCGCCCUCGUCUGGGCCUCCUCCUCCUCUGUCUACGGACUCAACUCCAAGGUCCCCUUCUCUGAGUCUGACCGCACCGACCGCCCCGCCUCACUCUACGCUGCCACCAAGAAGGCCGGCGAGGAGAUCGCCCACGUCUACAACCACAUCUACGGCCUUUCCAUCACUGGCCUUCGCUUCUUUACCGUCUAUGGCCCCUGGGGACGCCCCGACAUGGCCUACUUCUUCUUCACCCGCAACAUCCUCAGCGGCAAGCCCAUUUCCAUCUUCGAGGGCCCCGGCCACGCCACCGUCGCCCGUGACUUCACCUACAUCGACGACAUCGUCCGGGGCUGCGUCGCCGCCCUCGACACCGCGGGGAAGAGCACCGGCAGCGGGGGCAAGAAGCGCGGCCCUGCCCCGCUCCGUGUCUACAACCUCGGGAACACCUCCCCUGUCCCCGUUGCUGACCUCGUCUCCAUCCUCGAGAAGCUUCUUGGUGUCAAGGCCAUCCGCAGGGUCGUCAAGAUGCCCCGCAACGGAGACGUGCAGUUCACACACGCCAACAUCAGCCUCGCCCAGCGAGAGCUCGGCUACCACCCCGCCACCAACCUCCGCACUGGGCUCAAGCGCUUUGUCAGGUGGUAUCUCCAGUACUAUCAACCUAACUUGGUCAAUAAGAGGGGCAGCAAAAGCGGCAGCAGCAGUAGCUAAUGACGACGACAACAUCAGCAGUAGCAGUGGCCGAGGUGUUGGUUCUACUCCUUGCAUACUUCUUGAGGCGGCUAGGAUUGUUCACUUCUUCGAGUUCAUCCUCUUCUCAUUGACGCUCAAGAAGAGGGAGUGAAGGGAAUCAAUCAAUGGGACUCCUGUGGCAAGGGGCUUUACAUCAGUGGUGGUGUUUAGUGGUUGCAGGAUGCUCUCAAGAUCUGUAUGACAAAGGAAAAGGAAGCACGCUAUUUCUUUCUUUCGUUCUUUCUAAUUGUUUUCUUCAUUUCUCAUUCUCCACGUGCUGCAUUGAUGCAUUUCUCUCCGGCAUUCAUAUGUACUUUUAGCAUAGUGCUUUGUACAUGACUGAUGAAUUUAUUAGGGGAUAUGCUAAUUGAUGUAGACCUUACUUGUCAUGACACAAAUUUUUAAUAACAGAACAGAGCCCAUGUCUUUGGGUUUGUUAUUAGCUUUUCUGCAAAGGACAAUUUAAAGGUUGUUUU